AUUACAGUAAUGCUGUUGGUCAACAAAUCAGAUGUUAUAAAGGGGUCUCAGAUUCAUUGUAUCUUUCUCUUUUUUGUUCCUGAACUGCUGUGGUGAGAUACUCUCUUUCUUUCUCCCUCUCCCAUGAGCUAACGGCCAUGGCUCAAGCCAUGGUUUCUUUGUCUCUCUCCCACUCUGGUCAUGCUUAGAAUAAUGCUUAGUAAUGCGUGUUAAUGCUUUGUAACUUUAGCUUUAUGCCUUGUAAAUGUAAUCAUUAAAUUUACAAAUUAAUUAAAUACACUUGUAUUUAGAAUUCUAUUCUCAGACAUUUCUUGAUUGCCUAUUAUUGUAACUGAACUAUAGUCUCUUGCAUAAUGCUAGAUCAUCUGAUGGAGUCAGAUUCUUCAUUUAAUAGACUUUGUUAACAUAUUCAUUGAAUAGUCUUAUUACGAGGCAUAUAUAUCAAAUAUUACCCAUUACAACAUCACAAUAGACACAUGACAAAAGGUCAGGGGCUAAAACAACAAAUAGUUUGGAGGGAUUAUACAACUUUUUGCUAGUGAUUAAACUGUGGUUCCCUUGACAACAUGACGGGACUAUUCAUGCUUUCCUAAGGUCCAGAAUUUCUCAGAGUUUUCCAGUGAGUGUGUAGCGUGUGGAGAAGUUUGAGGGAUCCCUGUGAGCCUCAGCGUCCAGCCACCACUGUCUCUGUGCCUACGCACCAGCAUGCAUUUUACCCAGGACCCAAAGGUGGAGAUAGGACUGAGUGAUCAGGGGACGGUCAACCCUGCCUUUGGGGGCCCAGACAGUGGUCAGUCAGAGAGGAUUGACAUGGAUGGGGCUCAGACGGAGGGCCUGGAAGAAGGUCUGGAGGACCAGAACAAAGGCCUGGACCUGGUCUACUCAAUCAAUGAUAGGCCACCAUGGUAUCUCUGCAUCCUGUUGGGCUUCCAGCAUUAUAUCCUGGCAUUCGGUGGCAUCAUUGCAGUGCCUCUGAUCCUGGCUGAGCCUCUCUGUAUCGGAAACAACAACGCCGCCAAGAGCCAACUCAUCUCCACCAUAUUCUUUGUGUCGGGUGUGUGCACAUUGCUUCAGACCACUAUCGGAACCAGGUUGCCAAUCCUCCAGGGGGGUACCUUUAGCUUCAUCACCCCCACCCUGGCCAUACUUGCUCUGCCUAAGUGGCAGUGCCCUGCCCCCAGUGCCAUGUCCCAGCAGAUUCAAAAUGCCACUGGCUCCCUGCUAAUAGACUCUGAUGAGGUGUGGAAGUCACGCAUGAGAGAGAUCCAGGGGGCUAUCUUGGUGUCUUCCCUGCUCCAGCUAGUCCUGGGCUUGUCAGGUCUAGUGGGUCUGGUGCUGAAGUUUAUCGGGCCCCUGGCCAUCGCUCCCACCAUCAACCUCAUUGGCCUCUCACUCUUCAUAGAAGCCGGGAAGAAAUCUGGGGCCCACUGGGGAAUAGCUGCCCUGACAGUGUGCCUCAUCCUUCUGUUUUCUCAGUACCUGAGCAAAGUUGAAGUUCCUUUGAUUGCUUACAAGGAUAAGAAGUGGGAAGUGUUCCAGUAUCCUCUCUUUAAGCUGUUUUCAGCUUUGUUUGGGAUGUGUGGUGCUUGGUUGGUCUGCUUCUUGCUAACCAUCUUUGAAGCCCUUCCCUCUCAGCCGGACCAAUAUGGCUACACAGCCAGGACUGAUGUGAACCUGGAUGCCGUCACCAGCGCACCAUGGUUCCACGUCCCAUAUCCAGGCCAAUGGGGCAUGCCCACAGUGAGUGUGUCCUCUGUGUUGGGCAUGAUGGCUGGUGUCCUUGCCUCCACCAUGGAGUCCAUUGGGGACUACUACGCCUGUGCCCGUCUGUCCGGUGCCCCUCCUCCGCCCACCCACGCAAUCAACAGGGGUAUCGCUGUGGAGGGCAUUGGCUGCAUCCUGGCAGCGCUGUGGGGCAGCGGGAACGGCACCACAUCCUAUAGCCAGAACAUUGCAGCACUGGGCAUCACUAAAGUUGGCAGCAGACUGGUCCUUCAGACCGCUGGUCUCCUGAUGAUUAUCCUGGGACUCUUUGGGAAGUUUGGGGCCGUUUUCAUCACCAUCCCAGACCCAGUCAUCGGAGGCAUGUUCCUCGUCAUGUUUGGAAUGAUUGCAGCUGUGGGAAUCUCUAACCUUCAGUACGUGGACCUGAACUCCUCCAGGAACUUACUCAUCUUGGGCUUCUCAACCUUCAGUGGCCUGGUGCUGCCUACCUGGUUCCACUCAAACCCAGGCAUCAUUGACACAGGGAUAAAAGAACUGGACCAAGUUAUAGUUGUUCUCUUCACUACACACAUGUUCAUCGGUGGGUUCUUUGGAUUUGUAUUGGACAAUACGAUUCCAGGCACCGAAAAAGAGAGGGGCAUUAAAAGUUGGCGUACGAAAGUGACAGAGGAAGGCAGCACAAUGAUGACAGACCGGUCCUGCUACGAUAUACCUUUUUGUACUAACUGUUUACAGAGGUUCAAGUUCUUCCAGUACCUGCCUUUCCUUCCGUCUUACAAGUCUCCAGAACUUAGAACAUAAGAAUGGCUCCAGUCUUAACUGGACCCCAGGAAGACUAGCGGUGGCUAAGGUGCCAACUAAUGGAGAUCUGAAGAAUAAAGAACAAAGAACUUGUGAUUAGCACACUGUUAGCACCGCUAGCAUUCUCCACCACACUUUUAGACUGAGUCUGCCAGCAGCUGUGGCUUUACUGCCAAUGGCAUCAUAACAUAACACAGGGAGGUGGGUACAGACUUGGAACUGUCCCACACCUGGUUGUGUUCUUCUCUCUUGUUUGUCAAAAUCGAAUGCAAUUACAUUCCAUUGCACUGGAAGCGAAGGCGAAUUCGCAAAUGCAUAUGAAUUACAUACAGUGAGGGAAAAAAGUAUUUGAUACCCUGCUGAUUUUGUACGUUUGCCCACUGACAAAAAGAUUAUCAGU